AUGGAGGGUCUCGUCGCCUGCCUGAACUCGCUUCUGUCCCCAGACCCGCAGGCGCGGAGGGGGGGUGAGAAUGCGCUGGCCCAGGGCAGUCAGCAGCCUGGGUUGGGCGUCGCCCUGCUGGAGGUGUCCCAGAACCCCUCCCUGCCCACGGGCCUGCGCCAGCUGGCGGCCGUGAUCCUGAAGAAGCACCUGAAGGAGCACUGGACCUUCGAGUCCGGGGCCUUCCGCGAGCCGCCCAUCGGGGAGGAGGAAAAGGCGGCGCUGCGGGCACGCCUGCCCCGCGGCCUGGCCGAUCCCGAGCGCAAGCUGCGCACCGCGGCCGGCAUGGCGGUGGCGGCGGUGGCGCGCUGGGACUGCCCCCAGGACUGGCCAGAGCUCAUGCCGGGCCUGCUCAGCGUGGUGGCCCAGAAGCCAUCGCCAGAGCACGUGGACGGCACCAUCCGGUGCAUCGCCAUGUUUGUGGAUGAGCUUGGCGAGGAUCAGAUCCUGGAGAUGGCCCCCGGCCUGCUGCACGAGAUGGCCCCCCUGCUGAGCCCGGGGUCCGGCGCCGACGCCGCCCUGGUCCGCCGCGUGCUCAGCAUCCUGCGCAGCGUGGUGGGCGCCAUGCAAAGCGUGACGGGGACGCAUGCCGCCGGGGUCAAGGCCCUGCUCACCGAGGUCCUGGCCGAGUGGGCGCCGCUCCUGGCCGCGGUCCUUGCCCCGCGCGAGGUGCCCGAGCUGUGGGCGGCGCAGCGCGAGGCCCUGGGCAUCCUCACGGUCCUGGUUUCCUCCUUCGGCCGCCUGUCCGCGCCCGUGCUCACGCCCGUGCUGGGCACGGUGUGGCAUCGCUUCUCCGCCGGCCUGCCGCAGUACGUGGCGGCCGUGGUGGAGGGCGAGGCCGACGCGGGGUUCGGCGGCCCAGCCCCCGCCGACGGUGCCGAGGCGGAGGACGGCGAGCGGGCGGUGGGGCUGGAGGGACUGCUGGCGCAGACCAUGGAGCUCAUCCUGUGCGUGGUUGGGAACGCGCGGUUCCGGGGCCUCAUCGCGCCGCACCUGCCCCAGCUGCUGGGCCUGGCGGUGGGGUACGCGCAGAUGACGGCGGAGCAGGAGGAGCGGUGGACGGACUGCCCCAACCAGUACGUGGCAGACGAGGAGGACGACAUGAGCUCGCUGAGGGCCAGCUGCGAGAUGCUGGUGGACGAGGUGUUCCUGGCCUUUGAGGAGGCAGCCGCCCCGGCGCUCAGCCGAGCGGUGGGCGAGGCGCUGGCGCGCUCCGGCACUGCCCGGGCGUCGGGCCGUCCCGGCUGGUGGCGCGAGCGCGAGGCGGCCCUGCUCCUGGUGGGCAGCGCGGCCGACACGCUGCUGGGCCUAGGGCCCCGCGCCUUUGACCUCGCCGGCCUCCUCUCCGGCUCGGUGGUCGAGGACCUGGCGCCCGGCUCGCCGCCCUUUCUACGCGGCCGUGCACUCUGGCUGGCCGGCCGGCUGGCGGCGGCCGCGCCGCGCGCCGCGCGCCCAGUGCUGCUCUGCGCCGCGGCCGCGGGGCUGGAGGACCCGGGCGCGCCCGUGCGCGCCGGCGCCUGCCGCGCGCUGGCGCAGCUCUGCGCGCGCGUGGCGCCGGGUGAGGCUGCGGAUGCGGCCGAGGCCGGCUUCCGCGGCCUGGCGGCCCUGCUCGCCGCCGCCAGCGCGCAGUCUGGGGACGAGGAUUCGACGCACUUGGCGCUGGGCGCGGCGGCGGCGCUGGCGCGCGCCGCGCCGGCGGCCGCGGCGGCCUGGGAGCCCGCGCUGGCGCCCGCGCUGCUUGCCGCCUGGGAGCGCGGCGUGGGCGACCCGCUGCUGGCGCCCGACGCGCUGGAGGCGCUGGCGGCGCUGGCCGCCGUCCCCGCCGCGCUGCCGGCGCUGCAGCGCCGCGCGCUGCCCACGCUGGGCGCGCUGCUGCGCGACCCCGGCGCGCACCCAGCCCUGGUCCUGGACGGCGCGCUGGACCUGGUAGCCCUGCUCCUGCGGCCCUCGGGCGAGGCGGCCGCGCGCGAGGUGCACGCCACGCUGUCCCCCCCGGUCCUGGCCCUCGCCCUGCGCCACGAUGAUGCCGAGGUCUUGGCCUCCGCCUGCCAGUACUUCAGGGCGCUGCUACAGGUGGGGGGGGGAGCCGCGCUGAGCUGGCAGGCGGAGGGCCUGGAGGGCAGCCUCGCCCCGCACCUCGCGGAGGCGCUGGUGCGCCUGCUCGACCCCGAGCUGGAGGAGCGGGCGGCGGCGGGCGUGGGCCCUCUCAUACUGGAGCUGCUGCGCUGCGCGGAGGCCGAGCUGGCGCCGCACCUGCCGCGCCUGCUGGCGGCGCUGGGCGGGCGCCUGGUCCGGGCCGAGACCUCGCUGCUGGUCCAGGGCCUGGUCACCGUGCUGGCCACCCUGGUGCACACAAGGGCCGACAGCCUGCUGGCCUGCCUGGCCGGCACCACCCUCGGCAGCGGGCAGCCGGCUUUACAUGCCUGCCUGCAGAAGUGGGUGGGGCGCCAGAUCGAGAUGCGCACGCCCUACGACAUCCGCCUGACCACCACCGCGCUGGGGGCGCUGCUGCUGCGCCCCGGCGCCGACCUGGACGCCGUCGCCGUGCGUGGACGGCGGCUGGACGUGGAGGGCGGCAUCCUGACCCGCGCCCGGGCGGCGCAGCGCGCAGAGCGCUGGUCCUCGGUUCCCCUGCGGGCCAAGAUCGUGCAGCUGCUGGUGGAUGCCCACAUCGAGGCCACCGCCCAGGAUCUGCACCGCGGGGGGGCCACCGACGACGACGACGACGACGAGGAGUGGGAGGAGGGGUCCGGGUCGGGGUCUGAUGAUGCCGGAGGCCGGCCAUACAACGACACAGACUUUCUGCACGCCCUGGACACUGCACAUCUGGCCGUCUCCCAGCGAGGGACGAGCCAGCCCCACCCCAAUGCUGCCUGUCGCCUAGUGUCACCAGACGGCCGGCUCCUGUCCCAGGCAGUCCUCCCCGCCCAGGGCAUGCUUCCCCCCGAGACAGCUGCGCUGGCGGCGGCGGGGUCCGCCGCACGUGGCACGACAGCCUUCCUCAACCUGGAGCCCUGGGAGGAAAGCGGGAUUGCUGCGCUGCGCGCCUCGGGCAUCUCGCGCGUCGUGCUGGGACUGCGCCACCCGCUCCCCGCUUUCUCCGGCGUCGCCGUCGCGGCGUUGCGGGGCGCGGGCGUCGAGGUGGACAUCCUGGGCGAGACACAGGACCUGGUGCACCGCGCGGCGCUGCGCCUGCCGCUGAGCCUGCUCAAGUACGCGAUGACGCUGGACGGCAAGAUCGCGGCCAGCUCGGGGCACGCGGCCUGGAUCAGCAGCGCCGCCUCGCGCCGGCUGGUCAUGGAGGAGCGCGCCGCCUGCGACGCCGUCGUCGUGGGAGGGUGCACGGUUCGGCGCGACAACCCGCGCCUGACCAGCCGCACGGAGGGCAAGCACAACCCCGUGCGCAUCGUCAUGUCACGCACCAUGGACCUGCCAGAGGAGGCGCACCUGUGGGACGUGCGGGAGGCGCACACGAUCGUGGCGGUGCAGCGUGGCGCGCGCCGCGCUUUCCAGCAGCGCCUGCGCGAGCGCGGCGUGGAGAUCGUGGAGUUCGACUUCCUGAGCCCGCUGGCGCUGGCGCAGUACGCCUACCACCGCGGCUUCCUGCGCUGCCUAUGGGAGUGCGGCGGGACGCUGGCCGCGCCCGCCAUCCAGGCGGGGGUGAUUCACAAGGUCAUGGCCUUCGUGGCGCCUAAACUGAUCGGGGGUGUGCUGGCUCCCACGCCCCUGGGCGAGCUGGGCUUCGUGGAGAUGACCCAGGCGCUCCAGCUGGCGGAGGUGGAGUGGCGGCCGGUGGGGCCCGAUGUGGUGUGCCAGGGCUACCUGCCCAGCUCCGGCGGCCCGGCGGCUCUCCUCGCCGCCCAGCUCCCCGGGCGGGGCCAGGGGCAGACGGGGCCGGCGCAGCAGCAGCAGGCGCCGCUGACCUCGGCAGACCUGCUGCGCCACGCUGUGCCCGCCCGCGCGCCCAUGACCGCCAGCCUGGACGAGGCCAAGGUGGCGGUCAUGCUGCACGUCCUGCGCGCCAAGUUCGCGUCCCACCCCGACGCUGCCGCGGCGCUGCUGGGGACGGGGGACGCGCCGCUGCAGGAGGACGCGCCGCAUGACUACGUUCUGGGGGCGGGGGCCAAGUUCGGGGAGGGUGAUGAGCGCUGGCUGGUCAAGGACCUGGGGCAGGACGGGCGCAACGUCAACAACUGGCACUGGGUCGAGAGGGAUGCCCUGCCCUGGAGCAAGACCCGGCUGACGGAGCUGCUGGUGGGCCAGUCCCUGGUGCUCGAGGACCAGCCCGCCGUCACCAUCACCAAGCUGAAAAAGCUGGAGGGUGAGGCCAUCGUUAACAACCGCAAGUCCAAGAUCAUUGUCGCCUACGAGCUGGAGGCAGUGCUGGCCUGGGAGGGCACCGCGCCCGACGGCGCCAAGGUCAAGGGCGAGCUGAAGCUGCCCUACAUCAGCGAGGAGAACCACGAUGAGGACCCGGAGGUCCUGGUCAGCCUGAAGGAGGAGUCCAAGGCGGGGCAGGCAGUCAGGGACCUCAUUGUGAAGCAUGGCCGGCCGGUGGUAUACCGGGCCAUGUCCCAGUUCGUGUCGGAGCUGAGGGCGGGCGGCCCCCUGACCGAGCGCUUCUACGCCUCGGCCCAGGACAUCUACGAGUGCUUCACCGACGCGCGGCGUGUGCUGGCCUUCACCCAGAGCCCCGCCGAGCUGGACGCACGUGUGGGCGGCGCGCUCUCCAUGUUUGGCGGCAGCGUGCAGGGCGUGUUCCGGGAGCUGGCUGCCCCCUCCCGCAUCGUCAUGGACUGGCGCUUCAGCAACUGGGCGGAGGGCGACACCAGCUGCGUGACCAUCGACAUCGAGGAGCGGGAGAAGGGAGCCGUCACCCUGCACCUCGUUCAGACCGGCAUCCCCGACUGCGACCGCUUCGGCCAGCACGACGUGGUGGGCCUGACACAGGCCGGCUGGGCCAACCAGAUCUUCCACCGCAUCCGCCAGGUCUUUGGAUAUGGGAUUUAG